CUGGAUUACCAUGAAGGACACAGAAAAUUCAAAAAUCCUCCUUGCAUAGACUCUAUAAUAUAUUUUUGGAAUUGAUUAAUCAUAGACAAACCAAAUGCUCUAUGUCAACUGAUGUCAUCAACAUAAGCUCAGACAAAAAGGCGAAAACUUAAAACUGGUGGAGACAAAUAUUUUUGCAUAGGAAGCUCGUAAUUUUCACAAAAAUAAUGUCGAAGGACUCGCACAUAGACCGUGAUUUGGACUUAUCCAAUGCUAAUCGCGGUGUCUGGCUAGUGAAAGUUCCUAAAUAUGUGGCAGAACGAUGGGAGAAAUCUCCAAGUGAUAUGGAAGUUGGAAAACUCAAAAUCACAAAAUCUCCUGGACAGAAAGCACAAGUAUCCCUCACAUUAUCAUCAGCAAUAUUGAACCUGAACGAACCUGGGCAAGAAAGUAUACCUAAGGACCACAGAUUGGAUGUCUCAACAGUAACACAGCAGACUCUUGGCGUUUUCUCACAUGUGAUACUCAUUUUAUUUUUUCCAGCUACAAAUAAUGAUGCAGUCAUACCAGAAACAGAGAAACUAUUUAUGGAGGGUAAAAUAGUACAAAAAUUGGAAUGUAGACCUUAUGCAGAUAAUUGUUAUAUGAAAUUGAAGCUAGAAUCAAUUAGGAAAGCAUCUCUACCAGCAAGGCAAAUCAAACAAUUAGAUAGAGUAGUUCAAACAUUCAAACCUGUCUCAGACCACAAAAACAAUAUUGAAUAUAUUGAGCGCAAAAAGGCAGAAGGCAAAAAGGCUCGUGAUGACAAAGAUGCAGUUCUUGAAAUGUUGUUUGCAGCAUUUGAAAAGCAUCAGUAUUACAACAUUAAGGAUCUUGUGAAGAUAACAAAGCAGCCUAUAACAUAUUUAAAAGAAAUCUUGAAGGAAGUGUGUAACUACAACUUGAAGAACCCUCACAAGAAUAUGUGGGAAUUGAAACCAGAAUAUAGACAUUAUAAACAGGAUAAUCCUGAAGCUGAAGCUAAGAAAGAAGACUCAGAUGAUGACUGAGCUUGAUUUUGUGCACAAUUAUUGUCAUUGAAUUAUGAUCAAAAAUAUUUUAAUUGGAAAUUAUAAACUACUGUCACCACAAGUUCAUAUUAUUUUUCUACUAUAUUCAAUAACUUACUUCACUUGUAUUAAAUAUUGUAUUCUUUCCAAUGCUUCCAAACUUUGUUCAAAACAAAAUACCUGUACAAAUAUGCUAAAUGAUUGGAG